AUGCACUGGGCGAUCUGCAAAGAGUUUGGCAUGGAAGUGAAGGAACGAUGGUAUGAGCAUGAACCCAAGACUGUCACCUGGAAUGAAAGCGUCACUAUUCCGUGGGACAUGCCCAUCCACACUGACAGGAACAUAGCAGUUAAUAGGCCGGACAUUGUGCUAAAGAACAAGAAGGAUAAAACCUGCCUUCUCAUUGACAUGACUGUAUCCCUCGACACCAACACCUCAGUCAAACCCACGCAAAAGUUUACCAAAUACAAAGACUUGGAAAUUGAGGUUGAGCUCAAAACAACAACAGUCCCGGUGGUUAUAAGAGCCCUUGGCACCAUCAAGAAGGACAUGGAAAACUGCUCCAACAAAAUCCCUGGCAACAUCAACAUACAUGAACUCCAGAAAAUAACUCUCCUUUCUACAGCCUACCUUCUCAGGUGGGUCCUCUCCAUC